AUGACGAUCGCUUGCGUGUCGACGCUGCCCGACGUCCUCUCGUCGGUGAACGCUGUUGCGUGCUACAAGGACGCACUCGCGCUGCUAGGAACAGCAACGACGUACGCAGAGUUGCCUCCCGUCCUCUCGAACCUCCUGCUCAGCCUCGGCGUGGGUGUCGUCUGUUUUCUGCUGCAAGUGGCCACGGGCAACUACUCGCACGUGGACCGUCUCUGGUCGCUCGUGCCCGUGGCGUAUGCGUGGAACUACCUCCUCGUCGGCUACAGCCGCGGUCUUGGCAUCGACACCCGUAUGAGCGUCCUCGUCGGUAUCAUAACGCUCUGGGGCCUGCGCCUCACGUACAACUUUUACCGGCGUGGCGGCUACUCGUGGACGGGCGAGGACUAUCGCUGGGAGUUUGUCCGCAGCGUCGUGCCCAACCCCGUGCUCUGGCACCUCUUUUCGUUCUCGUUCAUUGCCAUGUACCAAAACAUUCUGCUCAGCAUCCUCACGUGCCCGCUUCACAUGGUCUUCAACGCGUGGGUCGCUGGCAACGUGAGCUGGUCGGUGUGGGACUCGGUCCUCGCUCUCGCGCUGCUUGGCCUUCUCGGGCUCGAAACGACGGCCGACCAGCAGCAAUGGACCUUCCAAGAAGCCAAGUGGGCGCAGCUCAAGGCGGGCAAGACGUUGGCGCAGCUGCCGCCGCCGUUCAACCUCGGUUUUUGCACGACGGGCCUCUUUGCGUACUCGCGCCACCCCAACUUUUUUGCGGAAAUCAGUAUUUGGUGGGUUGUCUACUCGUUCUCGGUUGUGGCAUGCGGCUCGCACAACUGGACGCUCGUCGGUGCGCUGCUGUUGCACCUGCUCUUCCAAGGCAGCACGCGCCUCACCGAGUACCUCACGAUCCAAAAGUACCCAAAGUACGCCACGUACCAAAAGCUCGUCUCGAUGCUCCUGCCAAUGGCCACACCCGUGGCCAAUCUCCACGAAAAAUCGACUAAGAAUCUUCAUGCAGCGUCGUGGACCUCUGUCUUGUUUUCCGUGCCAUCGGACUCUUCAUAA